AUGACGGAACAAAAGGAUAUUUUAGAAGCAAAAACAAACGAAAAAAACAUUGAACCUCAAAGCAGUGAAAGUAGUGACAGUGGUGAAAUGGUUGUAGGAGAAUGUACAAAAGGCAGAUCUCUGCUGGAUGGAGAGGACAGUGACGAUAAUUAUCCAUCAAACGAAACAACUACAUACCGAUCAUUUACAGCCCAAACCGCCGAACCCUUAAAAUCCCCACAAGACAACCAAGCUGUUGUUGAUCAGUGUAAAGUCCGGUACGAAGGUAAAAUCAAAGAAAACGAGAGCUGGGACUGGAAGAACGAAAAGUUUUCAGAUGAAGAAGAAAUUGAACUUGGUGACUACGAAAAGUUGCAUUUUGGAGAUGAGCUUUCUGAUUCUGAAAAUGGGGAAGAUGAGAAACUAGAAAAUAAGGAGGAAAAAGACACAAAUGAUGCCGUUGAAGAAGAUCACAGUUCAAUGAUCAAUACUCAAGCUAUCGACAAAUUUUUGAAUGAUGACAGUUUUGAAGAGUGCCACAAAAUGGAUGGAUGA